CCCGCCAACGGACUAUGCUGCAAGGAGCUUGAGACUUAAACAUGGCGGACAACUGUGUGUUGUGGGUCGGCGGAUUGCCCGACAAAGUUACGGAAGAAUUGUUAUAUGAACUUUUUCUUCAGGCUGGCCCUUUGGACCGAGUCACCAUCCCCAAGGACAAGGACGGACGCAACAAGAAGUUUGCCUUCAUCAACUUCCGUCAUGAGGAGUCGGUGGCAUACACCAUGCAGCUGUAUGAGGGGAUUCGGCUGUUUGGUCAAUACUUGCGUCUACAGACAAGGUCGGGGUCGUCCCAUCCCAGCAGUUCCUCCCCCCACACCAGCCCCUCCCCGUACAGCAGCCCCCAGUACAACCAAGAGCAGCGGGAUGCAUACCCACAUGAUACUAGCAGCCAGCACGGGAACCGGUCCAACUACCACCGUUCUUCUUCUGGACCUAAUGCAGAACAACAAGAACCAUUCCGCAGUCCACGGGACAGAGAACAGGGGUCACGGCUGAACGAGCCUCCGUCCCGGUACCAGCGGUCAAAUACAUGGCACGGUGGUGUGGACAAGAAUCACGAUGACCGUGGAGACCGACAUCCUCGACACUCGCCACAGUACCGCCCAGAAUCACCUCAAGUCUACCAGGCUGGUAGUCCUCAGUAUCGCAGUGACAACCCUGACACCAUCGACGCGCGCCGGCAGCGCCUACUGCAGCAGCAGAAUCUCAGUUUGGGUGUUCAUAGACAAGAUGGCCGCCAACAUCGAGACUAUGACCGGAUGCAGCCGUACCAGAGACCUCACAGCACCAGAAGGCGAUAUUAAUAUGUUGGGAAAUGCCAUGGUUUGUGGAGACAGUAUCUUGAUUCCUGCAACUGCCCUCAUCAAUGUUUCUACGUGUUGUUUUAUGUAGUAAAUAGAUGAACACAGGUACUGUGAGAAGGUAUCAGUUACCAUGGAGACAUAAUUGUGUGUAGGAGUAAUGACCCUGAAACAUCCAGUACAAUGUUUCAGUAAUGUAUUGCAAACACUGUAUAGAUGUACUGAGCUCAGAGUCCCUCUCGGUGACUUCAUUUGCAUACUUAUUGAAUGGUGAUACAAGGUAUAUAUCCCAGCGGUGUAUACACAGCGGCUGUCCCGCUGCAACAUUGGCGGAGUUAGAUGUCAUAUCCAAUGAAAUGAAAUAAAUGCUGGGUGUGAUUGAAACCAGCAUGAAUCUAUUUCUUUAAUAUUUUUGCAACUCUUUAGCUAAUAAACUGGAAACUUU